UCGGCCCUUUUACAUUCUCCCGGCGUCUCUUUGCGGGAACUCUGUCCUCCGUGUUUUGGGAUUUAUAAAUCGUUCUGACUGCAGCAUACAUCUGUGAUUACUCCAAGGCUCCAGCGUACACAGCUUUCAGAAGGCCGCCGCGCCUUGGCCAAGGCCACCCUAUGUUCUGGGGGUGGGCCCCAGUCUGGGUUCAGCCUUUGACUCGGGAACACGCGUUUCCUAAUCUGUCAUUUAGCGCGUUAUGUAGGCAGCUGGAGCCUUCACUCCUCUGCGCACUCAGUGACCGGAAUCCCCAAGACCUUGCUUUGCAGAAGUGGGUGAUGGGAUCCCCCUCCUCCGAGGGAAGUCUCUAGCAACUUUGAUGCCUUUGACUCCCCCACAAUGUGCAAAGGGGGCCAGCCACCUGCCGGUCCCAAAGCCCCUGCUGUAAGUCAGGUGGAGAGCGUGGUGGUAAAGUCCGUUCUAACACAGAAAAGGAAAGGACACACCUGCAGAUAUUUGAAAGCAAAACCUGCGGUGCUGCAAAUGAGAACAGAAUUGUCGCUUUGUAACUUCAUAGAAAUACCCUGUCCGCCUUCUGGAAGGCACGUAAAACACCAGGUGUCUUUCCUGUAACGGAAGUCCCUCACACCAAGCUAGUGCCUGUGGAAAUAUUUUCUGUCUCUUUAACGGUGUUUUUACCCACUCCCCACCGUCAUCAGCGCCUCUUCUCCAAAAUACACGCCCCUAUUGCUUCCUCCAGCAACGCGGAACUUAGGAAUUUUGUUUUCAGAUAACCAUCUGAAUUCCUGACCACAAACUUUUAGGUGACAAACUUUUAGGUCUUUUUAUAACUUUCCAUAUUUAGGCUUGCCAAUCUUGAUUUUUGUGGUUGAUGGUUUUCAUAUUGUGGUGAUGCCUUAUUUACAUCUGCCCAAUUUACCUCCAUUUGUUGUUAGUAAGCAGAGGGUAACUUGCAAAGCACGUCUCUGCUUCUGUGCUUACAUUUUUGUUGUUGAGAGGAUAUUAGGGUGAUGAUUACAUCAAGAAAUCUGAAUUAGCUUUUGUAUAUUUUAACCCUUUUUUGCUUGUUUUUAGAAAAAGAUGAGUCCCAUCACUUUUCUGCAUUUGAUAGCUCAACUUCUUCAUCUUUUUCUUAUUUAUGAACAAAUAAGCCAUCAGUUCUGAAACUGUGAAUGCCAUCUUAACUGGUCACUGGUGGGUAGUUUGUGCUGCACCUGGAGGAACUGAGACUGAGAAGUGCCUUCUAAAAUAGAGCCACUACUUGUGGGAAGAAGUUUUUGCAGAUGAUGAUGAGAAUUCCCGAGUCCUAACAAUCAAGAUUUUUUUUCCUGACCUUCAAAUGGUAGGCAUCUCUCAUCCUCAAAUGAUGAUCCUCACGAACUACCUUGGGGAAAGAUUGCCAUCUUUUUCUAGCAAACAUCAUUAGGAGAAAGAUCUAAGAGCAGUGAGGGCUGGAGGCCGCCCCAGGAUGCAAACUGUCCUGAUUUGAAUGUGAUAUCCUCCCCGAGCAAAGGAAAAUGAACCAGAAGGCAAAUGAGAAUGUAGAAAGAGAUGCCCAAUUCAAUGUAAAGCCCCAGACGCCCAUUCGGCCUUACAUCUGCUCCACUCUGAAUGAUUUUCAAGAAGAGAGGAACUUUUUGGCAACCAACAUCUUCCCUCAGCUUAAUGAACUCUGCAAUUCCCGGGGUACAUACUUCAAACCUGUGGACCUGAGGUGGUCGGUCUUGAAGGCCCAGAAGUCCUUGCCGGCCAACUUGUAUAGACAGGGUUGCUGUCUCCUCUCCCAGCAGCUGAAGCUCUGUCUUGACUAUGUGAACAGCUGCUUUCCCUUCUUCAUCUGCAUGUUGGGUCAGACCUAUGGGGACUUCCUUCCUGACCACUCACCUUUCAUGUUCUCCAAAGCAAAAGACCUAUCAAAUUUAUCCAAACCAGAACAGAAUCUUUAUGUUGCUGCAAAAAAUGGUUAUCCUUGGGUCCUAGAGACUCCCAACUGCAGCCUGAUGGAGUUUGAGAUCACCCAGGCAGCAUUUUGGAACCAGUCACAAUUUCAAUAUUUUUAUUUCAGGACUAGGACCACGCUGCUGAAGAUAUUAAGUGGGGAAGAGGAGGAGAGUCUGUCCUCAGGUGCUCUGGUGAAUGAAGAGGAAAAAUUGAAGAUUGGAAGACUUAAGGCCAAGAUCAUUAGUAAAGGGCUUCCCAUCAGAUUUUAUAAAGAUCUCCAAGAGUUGGGGGAACUGGUUUUCAAGGACUGGUUGUUUGUGAUAGAAAAACUUAACCCAGUCACUUUAAUGAUCAAAAAUAUAGACUACAGGCACAGCUUAGAAUGUUUCUAUCAUGAAGAGUUUAUUGAGAAGUGCAAGCAAGCGUUUGUUUCUUCCAAGGAGUCAAACAGGAUCUUUGAAAUCUUGGAACAAUUUGUCUUAAAGGAUGAGGGACUUGACUUAAAAAAUGCAGCAGCAGAUUCUAAUUUAGUCUCUGUUCUCAGAAUAAAUUCUCUUCCAGCUUUCAAGUCUAUUUUGCUCUUGUCUGGAGAACGUGGUUGCGGGAAGUCCACCCUGAUUGCCAACUUCGUGAAUUAUUUCAAAAACAAGUAUCCGAGCAUAUCGAUCAUCCCUCAUUUUGUGGGAAGCACCUGUGAAAGCAGUGACAUCAUGUCCGUGAUCCACUACUUCAUCACAGAGCUACAGCACACGAACCACAAUAUGCAGCCUGAAAUGGAUUUUCUUAAUGAAGAUUCAAACAUUUUGGCCUUUUCACUUCUUGUAGAAGUGUUCAUUGCCUCCAUCAGUUUAAAGCCAUGUAUACUUGUGCUAGAUGGAAUUGAAGAAUUGAUUGGUAUUUAUGGGAUUUCAGGUCAGAAGGCCAAAGAUUUCCCCUGGCUGCCCCACUCUCUCCCUCCUCAUUGCAAGUUCAUCCUGAGCACUGUCUCUUCCAGCCUAUCCUGCAAGUUGCUGUGUGCCCGGGCAGACGUGAAGAUUGUGGAACUCACCAGCGUUGGAGAUGAAGACACAAGGCUCAGCAUCUUCAGACAGCACCUAUUCACCCCAGGCCAAGACCCCUCCCUACAUAGCAGACUCGCUUUGAGAAAAAAACCAAGCCUGAGUCCUUUGAAACUCACAGUCCUGGCCAAUGAGCUGAAAGAAUGUAGAAUCUACCGCAAUGAGCUUCAGUGUCUCAAGGAGUACCUGGAGGUGGCCUCUCUGCAGGAGUUCUGGGAGUUGAUUCUGAAACGCUGGACCGAAGACUAUAGUUGGACUAUUAAACAAAAAAAGGCAAAUCCAGAUGUUGUCCACACAGGGCUGGAUGGCUGGGUGGCCGAUGCUCUGUGCUUACUGUGCAUCUCACAUUGUGGCAUGGCUGAGGAUGAGCUACUCCAGGUUUUGGACAUACUGGGCUACAGGAAUAAUUACAAAGUGACCACAGUGCACUGGGCUGCUUUCCGCAAUGCCACUAAACAGUGGGUCCAGGAGAAGCCGAAUGGUGUCCUCUACUUCCGACACCAGUCCUUGCGAAGUGCUGUGGAGAGCAAGCUGCUUGGUAUAACCACGCCUGUCAGGGAGAGCAGUCCAAAUGCUUGUCAGAACCCAGUGAAUCUCAAGAAAACACAUUUUCACCUAGUCUUGGUCAGAUACUUCCAGCAACAGAACACUUUUUGGAGAGUGUUUCAAGAAUUGCCAUGGCAUAUGAAAAUGAGCGGAUGCUAGGGGGCGUUGUGUAGCUUUCUCACAAACCCAAGUAUCACAGAUUUUAUAUCAAAAAUCCAAAGCUCAAGCUUCUGGACAAGGCUGUACCUCAUUCACUACUGGAAUGUUUUAUCAGAAGCUGGAUACAAUACUUCCAGGGCCUAUUUGAUGUCAGUGGCCAAUAUUAAAGCAGAUCAGUGCCAUAAAGUGAAGAGGAGACAAACCCUCUCAGUGCUGGAAUGCAAGCUUUCUAAUGUCACUGCCACUGACAAAUGCCGACUGAUGUUCUGCAUUGGGAGUUUUUUGAAACUUAUGGGCAAGAUCAGAGAAGCAAAAGAGCUGUUCUUGAGUACUGAGGACAUAUUAAUGCAGAGCCAGUCCACAAAAGAAAUGCUUCUCAAAGCUCAGAAUGCCAUUGGAGAACUGUAUGUUGAAAUCGGGAACACCCAGGAAGGGUUCAAGUAUUUCCAGAAGGCGUGGUCAAACCUGCAGUGCUUGCCACUCAGUGACUUAAAAGACAACUGGAACUUGAUGAAGCAGAAAGUCAGAGUGCUGAACAACCUGGCCAAGUCAGCAUCUGAGGAGUACCUAAAAGAAAACCACGUGUUGGAAUACGCCACUGAGGUUUCCAAGCUGGUGGACAACAUCCCCCAUGAUCAAGCUACCAUGAAAUACACCGAAGGUGUCCUCAUGUUGGUUGAUGGAAACACUUAUCUUGCAAAAAUGAAGUUUCAAGAGUGCUUAAGAAUCAGGAGAAGUUUGUGAGAGAAAAACAUGCUAGUUGGAGAAAUUAUGGAAAUUUUAGCAGAUUUACUGUUUUUUUUACUAACAGAUAAUGAAAAACUCCAAAGGAAGCAAGUAAUUGAAUAUUAUAAACAAGUGAUAAAAAUAAAGGAAAAUGCAGACGCUUUGGCCAACUCCUCACUUGUCAGGAAGCAGCUAAGCAUCAGCCUCAGUGAUACCUUGUGUAAAUUAGCAGGUUAUUUAUUGACAAGUGACUCUUGUCAUCAUGUCAUGAUUGAGGCAAUAGGCUAUUUGUACAGGUCACUUGAUUUAAGGGAGACCUAUCUGGGACCUUCUCAUUCAUCCAUCCAUGGAAUCAUGCACCUUCUGAAGGAAAUUGAGCGGACCCGCAGUAGGAGAUUUUGGCCUCUAGGCAUGUUACAGCAAUCUCCUGAGGAUUCUAAGAAUGGCUCCUUAUUAUGGGAACACCUGCUUAAAUUAGACUACCACAGUGCUCAGAGUUCUGACACAGUAAGCUCCGCGAUGUGCAUCAAUGCAGCUAAGUUAACAAGGGCUAAGAGCUUGCAGUUAGCACCACAUCAGAUUUCGGAUAAAUCAAAGUAUGCUAUAAGGAAAAAGAUCUCCAGUCCCAUUAUUUGUAUUUCUGCUGGGAAAAAGACCCAAGAGAAGGCACAGAAUAAUGUUGAAAUAUGGAAUAGCCCAAGAAAGGAAGCAUCAAAGAAAAAGAAAGAUUAUACCGUAGAGGUUUUACCUUUGGGUAAAAAGAGUGGCUUAGUAAACCUUUCAAAGCAGAGGAUUUUGUCUGAUGAAGGUACGAGUGGUGAAGGCCAUGUCACUACAAUUUACCAUUCUCCCCUACUAGGGCCAUUUACCACAAAUGAUUCCUGGCACUCCAUGUCUGAGCUCAUAUCAGAAAAGUGGCUUUUUCAUAAUCCAGAUUACAACUGGACUCCUCCAAAGAGUAUUUUGAAGAGAAAAUCUCAAGCAGAAACAAAAUCGUUGAAGAACUCAACUAAUAAGGAAUAAAAACAAACCAAAACAAAACAUUGUGGGUUCUUUGUGUAAUCUUUUCCCACUUAAGUACUUUUAAUUGUAUAUUUUCUUCUAAGACACUUAGGAGUAAUAAUAAUCAAGGCCUAGAGAUUUGAUUUUUUUUAAACCCCUCGAAAUAUUUUAACUAAUUUUAACUGAAAGAACAGUUUUUAAGUGAUUUAUAUUUCUAUGGUAUUGAUCUCAUACUGAUCUCACAGGGUCCCAUAUCUAAAAAUAUAGAAGCAAUGUUAUUAAAGUUCUAAUUGUGUUAUUUUCACAUUGCUAUAGUUUACUCAUUUUGAAUUUAUGGAUUUUUCAUCUAAACAAAAUUUGUAAUUGCUAUCAUCAUACCUUUUUAUCCAACAUAAGAAAAGUAUUCCAGUUUACACAUUAAAAACAGAGUUUAAAGUA